AUGCCUUCAGUCAGGGGUUUCAUUGAGAAGAUCAACCCGUGGCACGAGGAGAUCGACCAUUUUGAGCUGAUCCUUUUUUUCCUCAUAGUCGAAUCACCCCCGCCGCCGCCAAUCACGACCGGGACGGCCGUGCUGUUACUCGGCCUCUAUGCGCUGAUCUAUGUUGUGCCCUUCUACGCCUCUAAGUUGACUCGGCCGUCGGCAAAUCUCUCUCGCGAUGCUCCCUCUGUCAUCAAGGGUCGCAUCCGGUCCGUGGCCAUCUCAUGCAUCCUCUGCUGUUUAUGCACCUACGUCAUUCUCAUCCAGGAGGCCCAUGUGGCCAUAUCGGAUGCCCUCCACCUGAUGGGUGUCUGGCCCGUUGCUCUAGUCGACUCCGCCAGAGCCAUUUUCCUCACUGUAGUCCUCUUCGCCGGGCCCUUGUUUAGCUACUUCCUUGUAGAUGGCGGGACGAGCGAGUGGUUGAAACUGGAACCACUGAAAGACCUCUGGGAAGAGUGGACCACAUGGCGCAACAUCAUCGCCGGCCCCAUCACAGAGGAGGUCCUCUUCCGCACCGCCUCCGUCCCGCUGAUGCUCAUCGCCCGCACCCCGAUCCGGCAGACCAUCUUCCUGUCGCCCGUCGUCUUCGGCCUGGCGCACUUCCACCACUUCUACGAGUUCCGCCUCACCAACCCGGCCGUGCCCCUCGCCGCCGCCCUGCUGCGCUCCCUCUUCCAGCUCGCCUUCACCACCCUCUUCGGCGCCUACGCCACCUUCGCCUACCUGCGCACCGGCUCCCUCCUCGCCGUCUGCGCAGUCCACUCCUUCUGCAACUGCAUGGGCCCGCCCCGCGUGUGGGGCCGCGUCGCGCCCGCCCCGACGGCCGCCCGCCGCGACGAAGAGCGCAGCACGGGCUGGACCGUGGCCUACUACCUGCUCCUCGUCUCGGGGGCCGUCUUGUGGUGGAAGAACCUGUGGGCGUGGACGGAGAGCGCGAAUGCGUUGGUGCCUACUUCAGCGUUUAGGGGUGCCUAG